AUUAACAAGUGUGACAGUGGAUAUGGGGGAAGAGAAAACUGGAAAUAGACCGGGACAGCGAUAAGAGAAGUGAACGAGAUGCCAGACAGAGAGAGAGAGCACAAGAGAAAGGAAAGUGACAGAUAAGAAAGUCGACUCACUAGAAGUCCACUUGGAGCGAGGACUGAGCGCUUGUUUCUGGGACUGGGUGGACCCAUCGCUAGAAAGACCACAGCUACCAUGUACAGUGGAUAUGGAGGGAGUCCAUCCCGAACUCUCUCCACCAUGUCGCUGUCUGUUCGCCCAGUCAGACGCCUCACCUCCAGGUCCAUCACUAGGAGCCAGAGCUUCACUGGAGUCAACACUUACGACAAGCCCUACAGGAACCUCUCGGUGUUCAGCACUCCAGGCCUCAGCAGGAAGCCCAGCAGAGCCAGCAGGAUGUUCACCAUGUCCACCAAGUCCAACCCACCACCUAAAGUUCCUCAGCCAGAGCGACUGGAUCAGGUCUACGAGGCACUGAAGAAAGGCCUUCAGUCUUGCCUGCAGGCUCAUCAGAUGGACUUGGACAACCUCAGCAGGCAGAUGAAAGAAUCAAAGAGGAACUCGAGACUGGGUUUCCUGUAUGAACUGGAUAAGCAAGUGAAGGUGACUGAGAGGUACAUCAGACGACUGGAGUUCCACCUCAGCAAGAUUGAGGAGCUAUAUGAAGCUUACUGCCUGCAAAGGCGACUCAGGGAUGGAGCCAACAAGAUGGUGAAGGCUUACACUGCCUCUCCAGGCAGUAAGGAGGCCAGGGAGAGUUUAUCAGAAGCCAAUAAAGGAUACAAAGAAUACACAGAGAACAUGUGUGUGUUGGAGAACGAGUUGGAGAACCAGCUGGGGGAGUUCCACAUUAGGAUGAAAGGUCUUGCUGGAUUUGCUAGACUGUGUGCUGGUGACCAGUAUGAGAUCUUCAUGAAGUAUGGUCGGCAGCGGUGGAAGCUCCGAGGCAGAAUUGAAAUCAAUGCCAAACAGGUGUGGGACAGUGAAGAGAUGGUGUUUCUGCCGCUCAUCAGUGAGUUCCUCUCCGUGAAGGUGACGGAGCUGAAGAGCUUAGCCAAUCACGUGGUCGUAGGAAGUGUUUCCUGCGAGACUAAGGACCUGUUUGAUGCACUACCCAAGACGGUUGCCGUGGAUAUUAAUGACCUUGGGACCAUUAAGCUGAGCCUUGAAGUCACCUGGAAUCCAUUUGAUAAAGACGACCAGGGGUCCGUGGCAAGCAGCGUCAACAAAGCCCCAACCGUCAGUAAGAGAUUCUCAACCAUCUUCAACCAGAGUCCACCUGACACGCCGUCUCUACGUGAACAAGCCUUCUAUAACAUGCUUCGCCGUCAUGAAGAGUUGGAGAAUGGAACAGCAUGGUCCAACUCAUCCGAGUCCUCCGAUGACUCCUCCAGUCCUCAGCUGUCUGUCGGAGGCCUGCGCAACUCUACACAUCAUAAGGCAGUGUUGGUGACCCCAGAGAUCCGGCCAGCCGUAACAGGAAGUUCCUCUCCACAGCCUGACAUCUCAUUUUGCCUCAGAGAGUCCUCCUGCUCAACUCCAAACUCUGCCCACAAAGUCAGCACUGUCUGCGAGGGUCCCAACAUCUCGAAACCCCAAGCAGAGAGUAACAGGGACGAGGAGAAGAGGACGGUCACUGUGAUGAUAAAACCUGACGGUGAGGAAGACAAGGCAGGGGAACACUCUUCUGUAGCAGCAGAGGAUGGGGUGGUGACCAACAGCCAAUCCUCACGAAGCUACUCACGCUCUCUGAGCCACAUUAGUGAAAGCAGCGCCGACGGCAUUGUGUUGACGGACAGGUCAGUCGGCGAAUUGGGGGAGGUGAUGUCUUUGGCCUCCGGCCUCUCCAUCAAUGAUAUUGAAAUGGAGAUGCCCAGCAGGACUCCUGAGCCACCCAGCAGAACUCCUGAGCCACCCAGCAGAACUCCUGACCCGCCCAGCAGAACUCCUGACCCGCCCAGCAGAACUCCUGACCCGCCCAGCUCUGCUGCCAUGGAGGCUGACCUGUCACCAAAGAGGCCCGGCGUCGUCACAGAAAACACAUCAGCUGAUGAUGUCACAGAUCAACAUCAAAAUGGGAUGAAACAUGAUGCAUCCAGCUCUGUCCUCACAUCUUCCUCUCCCAGGACUGAAGGAGUGGACCCUAGCACUCCAUCACAAAUGAACACGCACCCACAGCUAGAAUGCAACAUCCUCCCAGAGAGCGGGGAUGUGAUGUAUGUAGCCCGGCGUGUGUCAGUGGAGGAGGAUGUACCAGGUGCAGGAGAAGAUUGUCUGUCCAGAGAGGGAGACGGUCUGGUGGACACAGGGCUGGAAGACGCCCUGGGAGCUGUAGUUUCCUCUCUGGAUGACUACAGAGGACAGUUCCCUGAGUUACAGCUACUGGAACAAGAACUGAAGCUGCUGCAGGUUACACUGAAGGGUGGUAAGCACAGCCGUUCACCCAGCAUGGUCAGCCUCACAGUGGAAACAGCUCUGGGCAGCUUUGACUUCCUCAACACGUCUGACUGGGAGGAGGAAGAGGAGGAGAAGGGCGACAAGAGGAGUGUCAGCAGGUCUCUGCAGGACAGAGGCUGGGACAGCUCCUCAUCCCCCACCUCCCCCCUCACCACAGGCUGCACCACUCUAGACUGCUCCCUGGUGGUCCACUUGAAGAACUGCAACACACAGCUGUUGCGUCUGGGUACGUUUGGUCCUCUGCGGUGUGGAGAGAUGUACGCCUUAGAUAGACUGCUGAGAGAGGCUCGAGUCCUCGAAAUCAUCCGACGCAUCACCAAGGACAACCCGAGACGCGUGAGACAGCCUGCUGAAGCGAUACCACAGCUCGGCCUGUGCCUGGGUGCUGUGUCACUAUGGCAACGAUGUGUUGGGCAGGGCAGCGUGUACAGCGUCUAUGCUGAGAGCUUCCUGGUCACGCUGUCCACAGUCUACUCCAGCAUACUGCCUGAGAGGGUCAGCAGCAUGGCAGACACAGUGUUCUUGUGUCUGGUUGAGCGAAUGCUGGAUCAGCGGUUACCACGGCGAGGCGGCAACAGACACCGAGUGAUGGUGACGCUCUUCCAGCUGUGGACUUACUUGGAGGCCACUGGCAUCAGUGACAUGGAAACACACAUCACUGAGCUGGCAGAAGAAGUGUGGUUGGUGCAGAGCCUGGCGUCAUGUGACCAGGAUGUGAUUGUCCAUGCUCUGCGGCGUCCUGCAGAGUGCAGCCUGAGGAGAGAAGGACUUCACGCUGUGGCCAAAUUGCUGAAAGACCCACGGGGCAAAGUGUCGGCCUCUGCCAGCUCUGUGCUGAGAAGCCUGGCUGCCCAGCCCAGGCACAGAGAGCAGGCUUUGGUCAGCUGUUUGGAGCUGCUGGAAGAUGAGAAUGUGGACACCAGAGUCUGUGGAUGCAAGGCCUUAGCCUGUCUCAAGGCCAAAGAAAGCAUCGACCAGUUAGUGUAUCUGUGUCGGACGGACAAGGAGGAGGUCCGCGAUGCCGCCAAACAGGCCCUGCUAGUGCUCGGCGAGGAGGGGAAGAUGGCCCACAGACACGUGGAGACGUCUCAGGACAGCAUACCGAGACUCUUCGCUCCGGGAAGCAUGGCCAGCACAGCUUUCUAACACUAGACACACACACACACACACACACACUGAGUGGGAAUACAACCAGAAAGUCAGCAACACAAUAUGAAUGCUGUGCUUUGGCACAACGUCAUGAGAAUAUGCAGUAUGCUGUUCCUCCACCCCUUUACUCCCACUAAAACAUACAGAGACGUAUAUAAUCUAAUACACAGCAUAUACACUGUCAGAGAGGUUGCCAUAAUACACAUUCACAUCAAGGACAGCAACUCUACUUAACACUGGGCAAACAUUUAAAGUUAGUAAGCUACAAACGCACCGUGUUCAUCAGCCUGUGCUAACUACUCUGAGAAAAUCAGUCGGACUGGAAAGACGCUGGGAAGAAUGUACGAUGUGAGCAGGCUUGAAUGGAGGAAUGGGUAAAGGGAGGAGCAGAAGGAUGAACUCGACACUGAAGGAAGAAGAUGUGGAGGAGUCACGAGGACAGGGAGCUCAUGCUCAAGUCAAAUUACUGGACAAACGCUUUGCAAUCACAGUCCUGUCCCUCCAUGGCCCAGACACAAACGCAUUGUAUUCAAGUAAGUUAGCAAAAGUCUCGAAAGCUAUUUAAAGUCACUUUGUUUGAUAAUUGUCAUUUUCAUAACCUACCAAGUGCCCAAAAAUGUACAAAAUGAUGAGUUUCUUGUAUUUUUGUCAGGUUUUCUUACUUUGACUGUGGUUUUUGAUUGGUUACACGGUGAGCCAGUAUGCAUACAUAAAGUAACUAUUCCAUUCUACCGUAUAAGGCUACCCCCACCGUUAUAUACAACUACUUUUCUUAAUGGAUACUGCUGUGUCCAGUUUAGGUUAAAAGGCGUUUUUGAACCAUCCUGCUCUAGAUGUGCAGCUUCUCCUGUCAUGUGACAUGUCUGCAAACUGAACGUUAAUGGCUUGUCUCAUUCAGUUCUGCCUUUACCAUAGCUGCUGGCCUACUUAAGCUUGUCGAUUUAAAUUUUUGCCAGAUGACUGUGGUUACCUGUCUGCAGGACUUGCACCAACGCGGUCUUCAUGACCACUUAAGACAAGUCCAAGUUAAGGCCAAGUGCAGAUGAAACCAAAUCAAGACAGAGACCAAAAAAAAUUAAUCAGAUCACAGUCGAAAGUUGAUUUUUAUCUCACUGUUGUUUGUAAAUCUGCCUAAAUGUUGCAUUUGCUAACCGUGAAUUGUGACUACCACUAAAUAAUCAAAUAGUGUUAGAAACAAAAUACUCUUGCACAGUGUUACAAGCUAACUAUGAUAGUAUGAUGUCUGUCCACAUCUGUAAUGUAUGCAUAAACCUACAUGUCUAAAAUGAGGGUGCUUGGUUGUUACAUGGUGAACACAAAUUACAGAAAAUAUUAAUACCUGCAUUUGUCAAUGACAGUGUGGAACAGUUAAACCAGUUUCCAGACCAGACUAAAGACUGAGACCAGACUCAAAUACUGCAGCCAUGACACUGUGCAAUGCAACUCAGAAUCACUGAGCUGAAGCUGUGCAGGAAGUCACCAUCCCACACUUGAUCAGUGCAUAGAAACUGUACCUGACUCACUUAAACACAAAACAGGAUUUGUUUGUUCUCAAAAUCUAGAUAUUCAGAACAUAUCGAACCUACUCAUCAUGCAAACUGCUUUUUCAUUGCAGGAGCAACUAGCAGAUUAUUGACAUUAUGAAUUUAUAAAGAUCCAAAGGGACAGAAACAUCACUCUGAAGUGUUGCUUUAAAGGAUAGGUUUGGAUAUUUCAACUCCUCGCCUCCUCCUGUCUGCAUCCCUGACCCCUCUCCAAGAACUUUGUGUAUCCCUGUAGUCUCAACACAGUGAACAGUACAAACAAGAAUACGGCUGCACACUUUCAGACGGUCUCUCCUCUUCAUGCUGUUUAAAAAGCGACACCAGAAGAGUUUGUGAAGAAUGAAAAGGGAGAGCUUGACACGACAGUUCAAAUAUUGCCCACUUUCAUUGCCUGAGGUGGUUGUGACUGUCAGAUUAUCACUUUCAGAAACUCGUCAGAUGCAAAGGGGGUUUCACAUGCACACCGAGGCACACCUAAAGUUGUGAAAUUCCCAGUCCUUGUUUUCGUUUUGUGUCAACGUGACAUAACAAGACCACUUUUUGCUCCUGCACUGAAGAAGAAAUAUAAAAAAAGCCAAACAAAUAUGGAAUACAUGACUAAAACAUUGAGCAUCUUUAUGUUUGAGUUCAAACCAGUACUUGUUCCUGCUGUACUGAACUGAAGGAGCAUCAAAAUGUAGAUUUAGGGGUUGACCUUGGAGUGUUCUGUAGGUCUUAGGACUGUUACUGUGAUGGAGGAGAGCCGCACCCUGGGCAGCAAAGAAAUGAAUGACAAUUUUAUAGGAUUGUAUUUGUCGAUAUGAUGGAAAAAGAUGUGCUGUACUGUCUGUUCUCUCACUUUCUUCCUGGAUCUGUCAGUGGAGCUUUUAGCCAACUGUAAACACUUUGAACAGGUGAGCAGGUCGGGCUUCACUGUGUUGCUCAGAAGGACACGUUGUGGCUGAUGCAGGGAGGAAACCCGGACAUGUACAUUCAGCAGCUCUAACAGCUGCAGUGAACAGCCUGCAGCACGUUUCAACUGGCAGGUUUACACAGAUAACUGAAAAAUAACCAUUUGCUUUCUACCCCACAUCUGCAACACUGCUACUGCUGGCUUAUUAACUGUGAAAUGUCUUCCGAUUCAAAAGAUAAAAAUGAAAGCUUGCAUGCCUUUUUGUUUAAUGUUGUCAAUACAUUGAUAACAGGUUAAAAAGAAAGAUGAGCAUAACUCACACUGUAGUUCUAUAUAAAGGUUUGAGAUUAUAGAAAACUUGAUUCUGCAUAGAGAUGGUUGAAGCAAUUCAGUGCCAUUACUUUUUUUUUUUUACAAUUAUGAUAUAUCUUAUUCUUUAUGGAAAUACAUAUAAUAUAACAAUACCACUGGAAUUCAAUUGUCUGUGACUGUAAAUUGUUUUUUUUUUAUCUUAGAGUCUUAAUUUGUAAAUGUAAACUUUGUUUUAAGAGAUGCAUUUUAUUUUGAGUCGUUCAACCAAUCCGUUUGAUGAACUGAUGGAGCGAAAGACAUGACUUUCUGUGGCACUUCACUGUACCGCUGACGUAUCUGCUGCACAUGGGGCGCCAUUCGGUUCACAGUCGCUGAAUAUUUGUGUUACUGUCACAAACUGCUGUGGAGGGCUGUGUUUGGGAAAGCAAAGACAGAUCACUGGGCAGAGACUGAUUGGUCCAUCCAGGUCUGGGAUCAGUUCACUUUAAAUUCAGAUCAAUAACAGUUGAGCCUCAAACCUCAAAGAUUUCUGGCUUGUGGGAAGAAUAAGAACGUCCUUUUGUCUCUCUUGUGUUGUUAUUGGCACAGCAGUAAAUCCAAAUGACGCCCUUGUAGUUACUAAAUUCUAACUUUCCUCAUAACAGUGAAAUAGGAACUCAUUAUUUUGACAUAUUUUCUCAUAAUUAUGAGACACCAAUUUCAUAAUUAUGACAUACUAACUACUAGUUGAGGGAUAAUGUCUCCAUGUCUUGUUUGGUGAAUGCUAUUCGUUUUCAUUCCAAAGCAUAGCCUAGUGUGUAGAGCACACCCAGUCAAGCAAAUUUCAGCUCUUUGCAACUUGAUAUUGAUGCUGGACAUGUUGAAAAUGUACAAACAAGCUUAGAAAAUGGCCAGCAUGAAAUUAAGAAAAAGUAUUGAAGCAUCGUACAUUGUUUUCCUUUGUUUUGACAAAUCAGUGAAAAUGCCAAAAUGUCCAGCAGCCGUGACCACAGCUGAGUAUUGUGAUCUUGUCUCAUCAGUUUCAUAGUGACAGUGAUGUUGCCACUCUGCCUUCUUCAUUUCCUGAGCAUUGUUAUAUGAAGGCCAUCUUAGCUCUGUGACUCAUAAUAGGAUAUCAACAGCAUUUAGACACCCAGUCUCAUACUGUAUAGUAAUACUAUGAUGUAAACAUGAUGUACUAAUGUUGACAGUGCACUGUUCUGGCAAGUAAAAAGGAAAAAGAAGUUGGUACUAACGGGGAAUGAUACACAAUCGUCAGCCACGCCGGCUGCGGGGCUCCAGUGGUGGCAGUGUUGGCUGGUCUGUCCACCGCUUUGGUCCGCACUGAAGUAUCUCAACAAAUAAUGGAUCCACAAAAUUUGGUUCAGACAUUCAUGUCCCCCUCAGGAUCCAUUUUAAUAAGUACGGUGAUCCUCUGACUUUUCCUCUAG